GCCGGGAUAGAGCAUCCUGGUGGCACCUUCGGCGCCAAAGUGUUUCACUUGGAGAAAUGAGGCACACAGCGCGUUCCCCGGGCGAGCGGCAGGGAGAAGGGCUGGCUCCCCAGCCACCCACGGCCUCAGGGAGCCUCUCCAACGGUACCUGGAGCUUUAGGAUGGAGCUGGGAUCGACCAGGCCCAACUGGGGCGAUGGGACAUCUUGGCUGUCCAUCCUUUCAAUGGGGUCUUGGCUUGGCUGCUCCUCUGCUGUAAAAAGGAGCUGUUGGGUCUGAAAGAUGAAAGGCAGAGCUGAGUUGAGACAAGCCUGGAGUAUUUCCUGAAUGCCUCCAGGGUUUGAUCAGGGAGUGAGGAGUGAAGGUGUGGGGAAGCCCUGUGGCACUGUGCCAGCCUCUGGGCAGCUGGGCUGUGGAUGUCUUGUGGGAGGCAGAGUUCAGCCCCACAGCUAUGCAUCAAAACCCUGCCUACAUGACACCCUGACCUUGUCUGUCUUAUUGUGGUGUUCUCCUCACUGAAUGGGCAGAUGACAUCUAGUGACUCCCGGAUAGUUUGGGGGAAUUUACACUUGAUUGUUGACCUUGUUAUAGUUUUAUAGAAUAAUAUUUCCACAAUUCUUACUGUUUGUACCCAGAUAGUAGUGUUUGCCUGUCUUUUUGUUGCUCUCUUGCUACAGUUGUUCUGUGUUAGGUAAAGUUGCCCCCUCCCACACCUCAGUCGAGGGGUCCUUCUCAGCACAGCAGGGGUCACAUUUCAAGGAGGAGCUGAGGGGACAAAUGUCACCAUCCCCACAUAACAGCGCCUGUGCGGAGAUCUCAGAUCACUGACACAGGUUGGGGGCUUUGGCUGCUCUACCAGCCUGGCUGGGUGCCACUCCUUGACAUUUCCCAAGUUCCUGCCAUGCAUCGAGUCUGGGAGUAUUUGGCAGCUUCUCACCUUGAGUCUCUGUUUCUUCUCCACUCCUGAGCCCUGAGAGAUUGCUGUAUGGAGUGAGGGUUUUGCAGUGGCUUCAGAAGAAUUUUUCCCAGCCCUGUCAGGACAUGGAAGAGUCCUCAGCACAUACUGAAGGACAAAUCUGGGAACCUUCUCUGCCGAUUGCAGCUGUGUUUCAGUAAAUAGUAUCAAGAACAGAAGGUGGACUAAGAAAUUAUGUGUUUUGAACUAAUUGGGUAGUUCUUGUCUCCUUGGUGUGUGUUGAUAUUUUACACUUGUUUCACUCACUCCAAAUCCUCCACUUUUAUUUUUCUACUAAAGGCUAGUCUGCCUAAGAUCAGAUGGAGCUGUGCUGACUGCCCUCAGAUCCUGCACUGGUGGCCAAUCUCUUCCCAGGUCUUGCCAUGUAAUUCUCUCUUCUCCCAUCACGAAGCUCAAUUGAAAAUGCUGUUCCUGCAGUUUGGGUCUUCAGGAAUGGGCUGUAGGCCUCCUUGGUGAAAGGCUGUGAAACACCUCAUGGGUUAGCUUGUUGCUUGUAACCCAGACUUGUUUCUCUGCUCUUGUUUGUGCUGCAGUGCAGCUGCUUCUGUUGCCCAUGCAAUGAAAAAGUAAAAAUUGGGUGGGAGCAUGGGCAGGCACUUGCCAGCUUCACUGCUGGGGAAACAGAGCUGCAUGAUCUGCUGUCACUGUGCACUGCAUUUGCCUCAGGGCCUGGGGAGUCUGCCAGGGAGAAAAGCUGAUAUCCUCUGAUAGCAAUAGGAACUCCUUGCUCUGCCCUUUGCUGUGGCCCCUGCACUGAGCCAGCCCUUUUAUUGAAGUGUCCCUGGUGCACUCAAGCUAUAGCCCUGGAUCUUCUGCCUGCUGUGCCAGAGUUCCUCACCUUGUCUGGCAACUGUGCUUCCAUGCCCUUGGGGUGGUGGGAGAGUCCCUUGUGAGGUGAAGCACAUGAGCCUUCAGUCCCCAGCCCACUCUGUGUGUGCAUGGAGGGAGGCAUUUGCUGCAGUGCAGGCUGAGGUGGUGGCUGGAUUGCAGCUCUCCCAUGGCUUGCUCCAGCAUCCUGCUGUCCCUGAGGUCUGCCUCCACCUUGGGAGCACACACCUGAACUACUCUAUUUCUCUUGCAGGGCAGUGCUCUGCUUAGUUAAAGGGUCAUUUCAGGCAGCCAAACACUCCUCUUACUUCCUCUAUUCAGUGUGGAGUUCAGCACCACAGCUGAUGAAUGGAAACAACCAACCCUGGCACAAAUGUAAUCCUGGGAUGCAGGUGGAAUUUGCUGAUCCAUCCACACAGAGGUUGAUUUCUCACUUUUUUUUAUUUUUAAAUUUUAUUUGAGUGGCCAACCAAAAACUUGACAUCUUGACUGGGACAGAAAUUGGUUGUCAUCCUCUGGAUUUGCACACAAAAUGUGGUUCUGCAAGGAUGAUAAUGAAGCUGAGAGGAAACAGUGAUGCUUAAGUGUGUGGCAAAGCAGCACAAGCAGCACACCAGGCUGAUGUACCCAACAGCAUUUCUGCAGUGGCCAAGCUGCCUCUGAGCUGUGUUGUCCUCUUGGACAAACUGUGGCCAGCAACACCCUCUGCUCUUCUGCUUGAACUUGCUGGUGGCCUCAGGCCAGCAAAGAUGCUGCUGUAGAUGACUGACUGUGCCUCAAGUGCUAUGGCUCUACAUGGCGUCUGCAGGACCAGACCAUGCUAAUCUUGUCCCCAAAGAGCAGAAGAGCAUUGGGCUGGAGUCAGGCAGCCUUCCGGCAGAAAGACCUCAGCCCUGCUGGCCCUGGCGCCUCGCUCAGCAGCAGGCAAAACCCGUCUGGAAUUUAGAGAAGAGAUAUGCGAGCGCUUUCCAGGAUCGCAUCCUGCUGCCCUCAGGGAUCCCUCUGCAGCAAUCCUGCUUCUUGUGCUCGCCAUCACUAUGCCAUGCACAGCCCACUGAAGACAGCCUCCAAAGCCCUCCAGAUGCUGGCUCUGCCACGGGAAGGGUGAUGUCUUCUCUGCUGAUGGAGCCCUGCCUGUUGGCAGAGGAGCGCUCUGGAACUGGGGUUGAAGGCUCUGCCCUCGGCUCAGGUCAGCAGGCUGCCAGCUCCUGUAGACCAGUGCUCAAUAACAACUCCUUCCUACGGCCAAGCAGUGCUAAAGUGCCUUUUCUACAGUCACUGAAGAUGAAAAAGGUGGAAAACACCCGAAGUUUUCUUGCUGCUUCAUGGUCCCUCUCCGGGGAUAGUAGAGACAGCUUCCCUAGCAGCCUGAUCAACAGGGCAGUGCCGGACACCAAUGUUGUGCCAGAGAAAAACAAAAUCCCCUCCCAUACUCCUGUGCCAAGCAGUGCGAUCCUCAGGAAGGAUCAGUGCUCGCUGGAGGAUGCUGAGGGGAGAUCUCACAGCUCAAAAGAGAAGGCACCGGAGAAGAGCCUCUUGAAGGCUGUGCAGCAGCUACCUACUCAGGCUGCCACACACAGAGGCUUUGGGUGCCAAGUGGAAAGUUCUGGCCUUAUGAAUGUGGGCAGCCUGUCCAACCAGAACAGCAGGAGGAGGCAAUCCACCCAGAAAGAAACCAUUGCUCCCCUGAGCUUGGAGCUGGGGAGCCAUGGCCUUACCAGUAGCUCGAGCCUCAGGGGCGCCUGUGGAGCCGUUGCCCGCGCUGGGCGGAUCAGUGUCCGUCCCUUGGCCUCGCGUGCCAGCGCUCCCGACUGCAGCACCGGCUGCUGUCCCCUGGGUUUGCGGAGCCCUCUCUGUGCCGGGGACCACCUGGCGAGAACAGAGCCGCCGCACUUUGCUGCCAUCUCUGAAGUGGCAGCACAGGUGUCCACCAUCCAGCUGGAGGAAGAAGAGAAGCGGGCCCAGGCUGUGGUCUCAGGAAAGCUUAACGCUACUGCUGAGAAGGCACUGCUGGAGCUGAGCCAUCCCCAGGAUGAAGCAGAGGAAGAACUUCCUGAUGGUCUGGAUGAGAGCUGCAGUCAAGAGGAGUAUGAGGACAGUGACUCGGAUGCUUCCUCUGAUGCUGAUGUGUUGUCCAACAGCAAGGUGGCUCCUGCAUCCAGGAAUUGCAUCGAGUGCCUGGCUCAGCCUGCUGAGACUCAAGACAAAGUGCUCAAACCAGCUCUUGUCUGCAGUUUAUUCCCUAAUGUGCCUCCAACUAUCUACUUCAGUACUCGGGAUGAGACAGUGGAAAAGCUGCCUUGGGAGCAGAGGAAGCUGCUGCGAUGGAAAAUGUGCAGAGUCACGCCUAACAUAGUGAAGCAAACCAUUGGCAGGUCUCACUUCAGAGUUAGCAAAAAAAGCAGUGACUGGCUGGGUUGCUGGGGCCACCACAUGAAAUCCCCUGGCUUCAAAGCCAUCAGGGAGCACCAAAAGCUAAACCACUUCCCUGGUUCAUUUCAAAUUGGAAGGAAGGACCGUCUGUGGCGCAACCUGUUAAAGAUGCAGGCUCGCUGUGGGAAAAAGGAGUUUAAUUUCUUCCCUCAAUCCUUCAUCCUGCCCCAGGACAUCAAAUUGCUCAGGAAAGCAUGGGAGGAAGGAGCUAGCCGACAGAAAUGGAUUGUGAAACCACCAGCAUCAGCAAGAGGCAUGGGUAUCCAGGUCAUCCACAAAUGGAGCCAGCUCCCCAAAAGGAGACCACUGCUAGUACAGAGAUAUCUGCACAAACCCUACCUCAUUGGUGGCAAGAAGUUUGACCUGAGGAUCUAUGUUUAUGUCACUUGCUAUGAUCCCCUCAGGGUCUACCUGUUCAAGGACGGAUUGGUUCGCUUUGCCAGCUGCAAGUACUCCUCCUCAAUGGAUAGCCUCAGCAACAAGUUCAUGCACUUGACCAACUACAGUGUGAACAAGAAGAACACGGAGUACAAAUCCAACUCAGAUGAGACUGCUUGUCAGGGACACAAAUGGGCACUCAAGGCUCUCUGGAGUUACCUGGCCCAGAAGGGAGUUAAUAGUGAGGCCAUCUGGGAGAAGAUUAAGGACAUCGUUAUCAAAACCAUCAUUGCUUCUGAGCCGUACGUGAACAGCCUGGUGAAGAUGUACGUGCGCCGGCCGUAUUGUUGCCAUGAGCUGUUUGGGUUUGAUAUCAUGCUGGAUGAAAACCUCAAGCCCUGGAUCUUAGAAGUCAACAUUUCCCCAAGCCUCCACUCCAACUCCCCACUGGAUGUGAGCAUCAAGGGCCAGAUGAUUCGGGACCUCCUCAACCUCGCUGGUUUUGUUCUGCCCAGCAUGGACAGUGUGGCUCCAAGGACACAGACAAGAAGUGGCUCUACCUACAGUCUGGGCAGUGCUUUGAAGGAGAAGUCCAAGCCAAUAUCUGAGCAUUUGAGAGCAGAGAAGAUGAAGAAGGCCUAUUACUUGAUGCAGAAGAUACCUGACCAGGAUUUUUAUUCUUCUGUCUUGGACAUCCUGACUCCAGAUGACGUCCGCAUCCUGGUGGAGACAGAGGAUGAGUAUUCCCGGCGCGGGCAGUUCGAGCGGGUGUUCCCCAGCCACAUCUCCAUGCGGUACCUGCGCUUCUUCGAGCAGCCCCGUUACUUCAACAUCCUGGUGACCCAGUGGGAGCUCAAAUACUACUUGAAUAGACACAAAGGUUUGGAGCUGCUGAAGAACUGGUGUGUCAAAGGGUACCACACUGGGGCAGGGACGGAUUUGGCCCAAAUGUGGUCAUUGCCAAAGUCGUUCUUCCUCCAGAAGAGUAGCAUUCAAUCAAAUGGCUUCAGCAAACUGGAACUGGGCAGACUGGGCACAUGCCUCCCUUCAGCUGGUGAGGAUCUCACAAGAUGCCUGGAGCCCAGCCCUACUCAGAGCUUACCUCUCAACAAGUGCACUGAUGGAGCCAACCAGAGACCUGCUGGCUGCCUCUCUGACACUGCCCUGGUGAUGUGACCAAGCAGCCACCGUCCCUCCCUGGGGACACAUCAACCUACCUCAAAGGAAGAGACAGGAGCUGGCUCUGUAGAGCAAGGACUGUGGGAGCCCUUUGCACUGCACACUUUUUUGGUGCUGGUUGUAGAGAUGUUUUCCUAGGCAAAGAGGAGACCUGUGUGACUUCAUUUUCUAAAACAAGUGACAAAGCUUGAGGAAGUGGGGGUUAUCUGGCCUUUGUCCUAGACUGUUCUAAAAGCCUGACAUGGUGGUUUCUUUGCUGUGUGGGGGCUGGCUGAGCCUGUCCUUGUCCCCAGUCAGCACAGGCUGAGCCCUUGCUCGCCUGUGUCUGUGUCCUGAGUUGCUGGCAGCUGAGCCUGCUCUUGCCCUGCUCCAGCCUGGCCCCUGGAGAUAAGUCCCCAGUCCUCACGCCUGGCAGGGAGUAAAACUGCCCAGUUUUAUCCUUUGUGAAUGUCUGUGCCAACAUCCUGCUCUCCCCCAGCAACAGGCCCUGCAGGAGACCUCAGGCUUGCACAUUGCAGCUCCAGAGAGUCCACGGGUACCAGUGUGGCUCCAGUUUGUUGUGGGGGCAGUGGGGCUGCUGGGAGGGAGCAUCCUUCUCAAGGCCAUUGGCUCUCUGGUGUGCCCUGCAGCAUGUGUGCAUAGACUGCAGGCUAGUGCUCUUCUCUUGGGUCUGCUCUCUAUUUUCCCUUUGUUUCUCAAGGAUUUCUAUUAAAUUUUAACACUCAACUGCUC